AUGGAGCAAGAAAUCGACCAACGGGAACUACUCGCAUGGGAAUCCGAAUCCAUCACUGACUUACCUUCGGCAUCCACGCUUAGUUUUCAGGACAAGGUCUAUCUUAUAGCUAGACAUAGGCUUCUAGAACGUCAACUGAACCCUUCGCCUGAAUCCCAAACUGAGGUUACCCCUGAGCAUGAGCCGAACGUAGACCCUCAGGUGAAGAUGUCUAUGCUCCGAGUCACGGCGAUGGGCAAACUUCACCUCGAGAGUUUCACCGCGCCCUUGCCACCUGACUACUCCCUAGAGUCUUUCCGCGCCCUCCUCGAGGAAGUAGCUGAGCCCUAUACUAGUAUGGGAAUCUCGAACCGUGAAAUAUUCGACGAUGAUCUUUAUCGUACGUCGGACGAUAGUGGGACACAUUUCUUGAACGAAUCUGAAGAAGACGCGUGGGAUCGGUCAUGGCGAUUAAGGUCAGAACUUAGUAAUGAGCAGCUCGCGAGCUGGUCUUAUAGACUUUCAGAUGCCCCUGGCAAUCAUGUUCAGAAGUCGGCAAGACUCUAUACAGAUUGGCUCUGUGUCGACACCGAAGAACAAUAUGAAAAAAUGUCUUUAUCAAUCAAGGAACGCAAUCUUUCUGCUGUUUUCAUCCGCACUUGGAAGAUCGACGAAGCGAAGCGCGUAGCUCGGGCAAAUGAAGCCAAACGCAAAUCCUCACAUCAAGGUAGCCCCCCUCCAAACAAACACUCGACUCAAGGCAGUAGCACACGGGGAGAUUAUUCGGUAUCGAUGAACCAAUCAUUGGCUCCGAAUGAAGAAAGGAGGCUCCAGGAUUUUGAUAAUAUGGAAGUGGAUAUCCUUUCUGAAUCUAAAGUACGAAAACGAUAG